AACAUUUAAAAUUAUUAUACAUUACAGAGAUACACAGAUACUGCACCAAUGGAGGUUAUUGGGCCAACAGAGAAAAUAAACGACCCAGGCCUGCCUCUUUCCUCCCUUCGCCUCCUGGUGCCUCCUCUGCAGCUCCUGUCUGCAGCUAUGUGGCAGCUGGCGAAGCAGAAAGAUGUCAUGAACUAUGAGAAGCUUCAGGAGUUUGUGUUCAUGGUGACUGAGGCGGUCCCCGGACUGAUCAACCACACACAGAGGGCCCAGCUCAUUCUGGGUCUACGAGCAAGAUUAAUUCUGGAGCUUUGCAAAGGAUCGGCUCGAGGUUUUGUUGAUUCUCAUGUGAUCCAGAGCCAUUUGGAUAGACUCCCAAUAACCAAUGCAAAUACAGAUUACAGGGACACAGAGGUGAAAACAACAGAGUCCACUUUCAUUGCACUUGUUCAGAGCCUGCUGAAAGAUCCAGUUGAGAGAGCGUAUUUCUUCCAGGAGGUGUUCCCAGUGGAAUAUGGACCACAAUAUAAUGCUGCUCUGCACGUGUUACUGUGGGAGCUGCUUUCAAAACUGGAAAAGCUGCUUCCUGUACCGGACCUAAAACAGACUGCAGCCUGGCUCGGCUCUGCUCCGUCUAUGGUGGAGGAAUGUGUUCAGUCCUCGCCUGAAGAUCUGAGCUUAAUCUUCGAGCACUACAGAAGUUCAGCACUCCUGAAAAUGCCAUACGGUCCUUCGUCCACCAUUGGUAGCUGCAUCAUGUCUGCUUUAUCCAUUCCUCCCUCGCAAAAGACAAACCUCUCUGUGGGACUGGAAUCAAUCCACAACUACGCUAAUGUACUUAACCCCGUCACUUUUGUUGGUACGGACCAGUACAGCGUUGUUGCUGUCUACACCGAAGUCGAAGUCGGAGCGUCUGAAGCAGAUGAAGAAAUGAUCGAAUCGGCUGAAGUGCAAGUUCAGACUGAUUUCUACGAAGAGGAGAUAGUGUCUGUUAGUGCGGAUUACGCCGGCGCCGAGGAGGCUGCGAACUCGAGGGCAGAAGAAACAAGUGAAACUGUGGAUGUCGCUAAAGCUCUGGAGACUCUGACGAAAACUUUUGCACUGAGGAAGGAGAGCCUUGGUCAAGAUGUACUAACAGGAAAGAGUAAUGAUUCAUCCCUCAAUGAUGAACUGGGGUUAGGAAAUGUAAUAGAUGAAGAAAAAACACAUGAAGUACAUGAAACAAGAGACCAAACUGAUGAGAAAAGAGAAAAUGUUGAAGAGGUGAAUGAGGAUUUAGAACCUGGAGGCAACGAGAUCAAUUUAAACUCCUGUGCAGACUUAAGGGAUGAACAUGAAUCCUUUUCUGUCCAUGAAGAAAUGACGGAAGUCCCCAGUGAGGAUCCAGUCGCUGAAACACAACAUUCUCCCAGUUCAGAUAACGUGCGCCGAUCGACUCGUCUACAAAUGAAGACCUCACCCGGUUGUCAGGAGACGGAAAACAUCCAGAGGUCUCCCAGGGAAAGUGGUGAAGAACCAAAAAUAAAUGUGAGUGAUUUCACCAGGAGCCAAUCUGAUGUAUCAGUCGCCCCCUCUGUUAUAGCCAUCAAAGGAAUCAACAAAGGUGAGGCGGACGAGAUGACAUCCAUCAUCUUCACCUGCUCUCAGUGUCCCUUCCACCACUCGGAGGAAAACAGCCCUCCUCACUUCCACAUGCAGAGCGUUCCCACUGAAGUGUACAGGACUCUCUCGGGAGCCAAAUUCACACCGUCUCCUUCCAGCACGGAUGAGAUUUUUACAUCCAUUAAACUUUUCCCCAGAGGAAACACAGAGGAGAGCAAAGCAGAACAACCAGACACUCAAAGCAAAGCCAACGUGCCUCAGUCUCACGGCAGACAGAAGACGCUCACAUGUGAGACGUGCGGUAAGACAUUCACCCGGUCGUCAGACGUGAGGAGACACCAGCUCACGCACACCGGAGAGAGGCCGUUUAACUGCUCGCGCUGCGAUCGGACCUUCCAGCACUCGUGGGAUCUGGCCAAACACGAGAGCAAACACCACGGCGUGGCCAUUUCUUUCUCCUGCCAGCUGUGCGGGACCUCCUUCACUAACCUCCGCACACUGACCGUCCACCAUAAGAAGUCUCACUCCCAGGAGAGCCAGCUGCCCCAGAUCUGCUCCAUCUGCAGCCACAGCUUCCCGACUUCCUCCGAGCUGCUCGAGCACAGGAAGUCUCACGUCUCGGCCAAACGCUACAUCUGCAGGCAGUGCGGCGAGGGCUUCGACUCCCUGCUCGCCCGCUCCCAGCACCGGCAGAUGCAUCAGGUGAAAAGUCAGUUCAAGUGCCCACAUUGUGAGAAGACGUACACCCGGCGGUCUGAUGUGAAGAGGCAUCUGUCCACCCACACUGGGGAGCGACCGUACCAGUGUAACCAGUGCAGCAAACGGUUCUCGCUCCGUUUCAUGUAUAUGAAACACCUCCGAGUUCACACGGGGGAGCGGCCUUUCCAGUGCUCCCACUGCCCCAAGAGGUUCACCCUGGUGUCCGUGCUGGCCCGACACGAGAGGAUGCACACGGGGGAGAAACCUUUCCUCUGCUCUCAGUGCGGGAAGGGCUUUUUAUCGCAGGGGGAGCUUUCUAAACAUCACCGGUCUCACAUGGACGACAGGCCCUACUCCUGCCCUCAGUGUGACAAGUGUUUCAAGAGCAAGAAAACCCAGCAGGAGCACAUCGUCUCCCACAGCGGCGCCCGCCCAUACCCCUGCACCUACUGCGGGAAGGGCUUCACCAAACCGUACGCACUGACCAGACACAACCUCAUCCACACGGGAGAGAGGCCGUUCCCCUGCGGACACUGCGAGAAGUCGUUCCUCACCCUCGGGGAGGCUCAGCUGCACCAGCGCAUCCACACGGGGGAGAGGCCUUACCCGUGCGACGUCUGCGAGCUCAAGUUCAAGAGCUCGUCGGAGCUGGCGCGACACAAGCGGAGCCAUUCGGGGGUGAAGCCGCUGAAGCCGUACUGCGAACAGUGCACGAAAACAUUCACGUCAAAGGCUAAGCUUAAGAAACACAUGGAGAAACACAGGGAAGAGGCAGAAGCAGCACAGUCUGUGGACUCUAUACAGGCCGAGGAAUCAAUUCAUUAAAUGACUGAAAGAGACUAUAACAGUGGUUAAAUCAGUAGAAUCAUGAAAACGAAUGUUCAGUUUCAGGAUGCUUGUGUUCGGAUACUACAUGUCUUUACUAUCAAGUGUUUGAUACUGUUGCAUCCUUCAAACUUUUGAGUAAAAUACUUUGACAAAUCAUUUUACACAUAUCAGUGUUUCAUACUUUACUCUCUCAUCUUCACUUUAUUUUGAAGUUUGCAACAGGGAAGGUAGAAUUAUGUUCAAAAUGGA